AUGGAGAUACAGCACAUGAGAGAGCUCGAAUGGCCUAAACCGAUGCUAACUCCUUUCGAUAAGAGAAAUCAAAGUAAAUAUUGCCAUUUUCAUAGAAAUCAUGGGCAUGAUACCGAAGAAUGCCUGCAGUUAGAGGAAGAAAUUGAGCGCCUGCUAAGAAGGGAACUAUUGGCUAAGUAUGUGAAAAAUGACAAGGGUAAGCAAAGGCUCGAAGGUCCACCCCCACCGAGGGCAGGAGUGAUAAACAUGAUCAUCGGAGGAAUAACAUCAGGCGGUGACUCAAAUUUGGAUAGAAAGAGCUAUGCGCGUUCUAUAGGGGUUUGCUCUAUUCAGAAAAAAGCAAGAUUCAACCAGAACAUAACUUUCGAUCAAGAGGACUUGAUUGGUGUAACGCACCCCCAUGAUGACGCCUUAGUAAUAGUAGGCGAUAUAGCGGAUUUUGACGUGAAAAGGGUGUUAGUUGACGAAGAAAGUGCGGUAAAUGUCCUCACCUUCUUGGGUCUAAAAGUUCCCCAAGAGAAGUUGAAGAUGGUGACUACCCCCCUACUAGGCUUUGGAGGGGCAAGAGUGAUACCGGAGGGGACUGUGGAAUUUUCAGUCACGCUAGGGACAUACCUAGCAACAGUGGUCAUCGUGACUAAUUUCUUGGUUGUCAAGACCCCCAUGGCCUACAACGCUAUCUACGGCUGA